AUGGCUGAAGUCGCCUCUAAGCCCACCGAGCCUGUGCCGCUCGACACCAUCCCCAUCUCUCCCGAGGGUGGCGAGAAGGAGGAGGCCACGACCAAUGGCUCCAACGGCAAGGUCGUCACCGUCUUCGACGACCCCAACAACUUCACCGUCAAGCACGCUCUCCAAAACACCUGGACCCUCUGGUUCACCAAGCCGCCGAGCGGCAAGCAGGACUGGAACGAGCUUCUGAAGGAGGUCAUCAGCUUCGACAGCGUCGAGGAGUUCUGGGGAAUCUACAAGUCCGACUACCACCUCUUCAAGCGCGGCGUUCGCCCCGAGUGGGAGGACCCCCAGAACAAGCACGGUGGCCGUUGGUCCUACACCUUCAAGAACAGCAAGGCCAACGACGAGACCUGGCUCAACAUCAUGCUCGCCGCCAUCGGUGAGACUCUCGAGGACGAGCAGGACAACGAGGUCAUGGGCGUGGUCGUCAACAUCCGCAAGGCCUUCUGGCGUGUCGGUCUCUGGACCCGCACCGCUGGCCAGCAGCCCAAGGGCAAGGCCGCCGUCGAGGGCGCUGACCCCAGGAGGGCAAGAAGAGGCUGGAGCAGAUCGGCAAGAG